UUUAGUAUAGUAUAAAAUUUAUAGGAUUCUAUCGAUAAUUUCCAACCUUACUAGUUAAUCUCUUUUUAUUAUUACACAACGUAUUAUUUUUUCCAUAUUUUGCGUUAUUUUACCCGUUCUUAGCACACUCAUCACUGUGUGUAAAACAGAGUUGGACGUGUUAAAAUUAUAUCUCAGGUGUAAGUGCUACAGUAGUUAUAUUAAUUUAAAUUUAACAUUGUAAAAGAACCGGUUAGAAGUCAGUAUCAUCUGGUACUAAAUGUUCAUCAAAUUGACCUUUCAAAAUAUUUGAAGAACAAUAUUUCCAAUGCAAUCAAUAAAAAUCGAUACUAUUUUAUAAUACGCUUAUGACCUGAUAUCUAAACCCAAAAAUGUAUGCCUCAUAGAAAUCUAUAAACGGUAUGUGCAAGAUCUACAUCGUAUUUCAAGACGACUCUUGGACGAGGAACUGAAAGUCUUGAUGCUAUCUUCAUGCUAAAAAUUUCUUCACCGCAACGAAUUAUGUCAACGUCACAAGACGUUGUCAAUCAAAAUUACUUCAAAAUAUUUUAACGCCCAAAUGAAAAAUGCAAUAAAAACUAUCACUAUUUUCGGAGGAGGUAAAAUCGGUUCAGGUUUAGUACAGAUAGCAGCACAAAAUGCCAAAAAAGUGGUAUUGGUCGAAACAAACCAAGAACAGCUUAAGAAAUCAGCAGAACAAUUAAUAACAAAUUUAGCGAAAUCUGCUCGUGAAUUAUACAAAGAGGAAUACGAAGUUAAGAAGUAUAUUGAACAGAUUAUGGGAUUUGUUACAGGUACAACGGAUCCUACAAAGGCAGUUAUUGACGCCGAUCUAGUGAUAGAGGCAAUUCCAGAGAGAUUGGAUAAAAAACAAGAACUCUUCAAGCGCAUAGACCAGGCAGCUUCGCCGAAGACUAUCUUCGCAAGCACCACAAAUUCAUUUUCCAUUGGAUCGUUUGCUGAAAAUUCCACUAGAAUACAGCGAUUCGUUGGUCUGCAUUUUUUCUAUCCAGUUCCAGAGACCAAGUUGGUAGAAAUCGUGAAGGUUUCAGUCACAAGUAAAGAAACGUUAGAUUCAGUGACAGCUUGGUGUAAAGAUGUUGGUAAGACUCCAGUUAUCUGCAAUGACUCGGCUGGUUUCAUUGUCAACAGACUUUUACUUUCAUAUAUAACAGAAGCAAUAAGAAUGACAGAGAGAGCUGAUGCGACAGCAGAAGACAUAGAUAUAGCCAUGAAAUUAGCAACAGGAAGUCCAAUGGGUCCGAUUCAACUGGCCGAUCAUUUGGGACACGAUACAAUUUUAAAUUUGUUAGCUGCUUGGAAGUCUAGAGAACCUAACAAUGACUUCCUUACACCAAGUCCAUCUCAAAAGUUAUUAGUCCAACAAGGAAAACUAGGAACGAAAACCGGAGAAGGUUACUACAAAUACAACGAUUUGAAGCACUGGAUUACGAAUUAUUCUCACCGAUUCAAAAAUAAGCAACACUGGUUAAAACAUUAUCAGUUGUGGAAAAAGAACUGCGAGAAAGAGAUAUUGCAAAAUUGAGAUUAUUAGUUUAGAACAACACCUAAUUGCGGCCGAAUUUAUUAUAUUUUCUCAUACUGUAUAAUUUUAGUUCUAUAAUAAAUAUAUGUAUAUUAUACUUUA